UGCUCGCGCGGUUCGCGCUCUCGCUUCGUAUUCGCGACUCGCGAGAUUAACCAAUCUAAUCAUUACAUAAAUCGCCGACAAUUUGAACGAUCCUAUACGGAACUCAUCGGCGCAUUGACUUACCACGUUCAUCAUGCCGCUGAUCACACGCAACGACUAAACGCAAAACUUAGUUGUGUGCCGUUGUGGACCGCCGGUCCGCCGGAAACAACGUCGUUUUCAUCGCGUUCGUAAAUAAAUCGUAAAGGGAGUGGUGGGGCGCUCGCAUUCGGAUUCCGCGAAGUGCAGAAACGGAGAAACCUCAAGCUGCUGCCAAGGGUACGGCCGGUGCGGACUGCGGGUACGGGUACAACAUACAACAAAUACACAACGACCGUACAAGUGUUGAGCGAGGCAAGUGCAUUCAUCUCUAUACACAUUUCUUCAGCGGAUUAGGGACCUCGACUACCUCUACUACUACUACUACUACUAGAACACGCAGUGUGCAAAGGGCCUCUUUUCAUUCGCCGGUGAAUCUACGCAGCGGUCGCUAGGCAAAAAAAAAGCGGCCUGCGAGCGUAAACAAUUAGUCAUAGUGCGCACAGUGCGAAAGCGAAAGCUAACCAAAAUCAACACAAUUUUAGGAAUGUGAUCAUUACACACAAAGGAUGAUCCAGUUUAACAUCACCUCAACUUAAUACUCAGGAAUAUAUGCGAUGUCGGGUUUAGCAACAAACGCGCCGACAUCAGCUGAUGCUUGUCUUAGCAUUGUGCACAGCUUGAUGUGCCAUAGGCAGGGUGGUGAGAGUGAAGGAUUUGCCAAGCGUGCCAUUGAAUCACUGGUGAAGAAGCUCAAGGAGAAGCGGGAUGAGCUGGACUCACUCAUUACUGCCAUCACUACAAAUGGGGCACAUCCGAGUAAAUGUGUUACGAUUCAGCGCACGCUAGACGGGCGAUUACAGGUUGCUGGCAGAAAAGGUUUCCCUCAUGUAAUCUACGCCCGAAUCUGGCGCUGGCCAGACCUGCAUAAAAACGAACUAAAACACGUAAAAUACUGCCAGUUUGCGUUCGAUCUAAAAUGCGAUUCGGUGUGCGUCAAUCCAUACCACUACGAGCGCGUGGUAUCGCCCGGCAUUGAUCUCUCAGGGUUGUCGAUCCAACCAUCCGCGCGUCUUGUCAAAGAUGAAUACAGCGCAGGCGGGCCUGUCCCAGGUGGCAGCGGCAUGGAAGUGGACACUGAGCUGGCGAUGGCUGGUGGAGUCACACAGACUAUACAACAUCACCCACCUCAACAGGGGUAUACGUUAGCUACGUUACAAUCACCGCCACCUGGAGGUGAUCCGAGUAUAAAUUAUGCAAGUAAUCGGCCGGUUCUGGGCCCGCCGCCGACGGUGCCGAAGCUGGAAUCGGUCGCAUCCGCGCAGGAUGCGCACCAGCGCAACAAUUGGCUGCCCUCACGUAUGCAUCUACCGAUUCGUGGUAGUACUUCGCCUGUGUCGCCACAUUUACAACAGAACGGUUUCGCUAAUCAACAGCAACCAGUCGCUAAUGUGAGCACGGGCGGUGGUCAAACCGCCACACCUGCUUCGGGGCAAGCAUUUACGGGCGCCGGUGGGACUUGGACCGGUGCGAAUACUCUCACCUACACACAGAGUAUGCAACCACCUGAGAAUCGCAAUCAUCACAAUAAUUACUGGAAUCACAAUUCGACAAAUCAAAUCGGUAACGAUGUGGGUAACAUCGCUGGACUGCUAAGUAAUCAACCAGCGCCUGAAUUUUGGUGUUCCGUAGCGUAUUUUGAGCUGGACACUCAAGUGGGUGAAACAUUCAAAGUACCAUCGAGUUGUCCGAAUGUAACAGUCGAUGGUUAUGUGGAUCCAAGCGGUGGUAAUCGUUUCUGUCUCGGUGCGUUGAGUAAUGUCCAUCGUACUGAACAAAGCGAGCGUGCGCGUCUGCACAUUGGUAAAGGUGUUCAGCUUGAUUUGCGCGGCGAAGGCGAUGUGUGGUUGAGAUGUUUAAGCGAUCACUCUGUGUUCGUGCAGAGUUAUUAUUUAGAUAGGGAAGCUGGACGUGCUCCGGGCGAUGCCGUGCAUAAGAUUUAUCCGUCUGCGUAUAUCAAAGUGUUUGAUUUACGGCAGUGCCACGGGCAGAUGACUCAGCAAGCUGCGACUGCUCAAGCGGCGGCGGCUGCGCAGGCCGCUGCUGUUGCUGGACACAUACCGGGACCUCAUAGUGUUGGUGGAAUUGCACCAGCUAUAAGUUUAUCAGCAGCUUCAGGAAUUGGCGUCGAUGAUCUGCGACGAUUGUGUAUUCUACGUUUGAGUUUCGUGAAGGGCUGGGGCCCGGAUUACCCGCGGCAGUCGAUCAAAGAAACGCCAUGUUGGAUCGAAGUGCAUUUGCAUCGCGCCCUGCAGCUGCUCGAUGAGGUUUUGCACACGAUGCCAAUCGAUGGCGCGCGUGGAAUUGAAUAAACUCGCACGCAAUUGACCAGGUAACAUUUAACUCUAAUACACACCCUCAAUCAAUCAAUCAAUCGAAAAAGUGAAGAGGUUAAGCACACCGCGCUGUGGCAUGAUUUAGACAACCAAAUAUGCAGCAAAACAAAACACAAACAAAAGAAAUUUAAGAAAUGAUAAACGUAGUCAGAUAUUUUUUUACAACAGCAUUAUUCGAUUGCCUGCGGUGUGAUGUUGGAUAUUGUGUGGUGUGUGGAUAUAGUGAUAGCACAUACAAUUAUUUUUAUCCUGAUAUGAAUAUUGAAUCGAAUACGCAAGGCAAGAAAAAAAUAUUGAUGUGUUAUUAGUAUUUUAUAUUAUUCUAUUAUUAGAUUUUCUAUCAUUUGUUAAAAAUUUUUAUCCGACUGAGUCGUUUUCGAUUCGAGCCAAACCAUCACAAGCAAUAGCAAUAGCCAGAGGAUUACUACAGAUACAAUACAAUACAAUAGAGUGCAGAACAGGUAUACAUACACAUAUUAUUCAGUUUGAGAAAGCCAUAGACUAUUUAUGACAUAAUAUUUUAUACAUACCACAUUAUAUAUACACAUAUUAUAUAUUUAAUGUUUUUCCUUGUACAUUGUCGCUGUUUUUCUAAUUUUAUUUGACUGUGCGAGCUGUCAAACUGUGAACAGUUGGCCUUUUGGUUCAUGAAAUGAUAAUAAAUACACUUGACCAUGA